UCGCUCCUUGACGUCAUCCAAAGGCGCCUCUCCGUGUUUCUGCUAGCUAAACUGCUCUCAAAUGGUUCAUUUGUAAAUAGCAAAGUAAAAGGGACAUUUUAAAAUGUCUAUGAAAGGAAGAUUUCCGAUCAGGAGGACUCUGGACUACCUCCAGAAAGGCGACAUCAUCUUUAAGAACAGAGUGAAGAUCAUGACGGUCAAUUACAACACACAUGGAGAGCUGAGCGACGGAGCAAGAAAGUUUGUCUUCUUCAAUAUUCCUCAGAUUCAGUACAAAAACCAGUGGCUCCAAAUAAUGAUGUUCAAAAAUAUGACACCAUCACCGUUCUUGAAGUUCUACCUGGACGAUGGGGAGCAAGUUGUGAUGGAUGUGGAAGGGAAGGACCACAAACUGAUAUCACAACACGUUAAGAAGAUUUUGGGCAAAUCGGAAGAAGUGUUACAAGCUGAGGCUCGAGCCAAGAUGCAGGCCUCCAACCCCGCCAAUUUUGGGCCCAAAAAGUACUGUCUGAGGGAGUGUAUCUGUGAGGUGGACGGCCAGGUGCCGUGUCCUGGCAACACGCCGCUGCCCAAGGAGAUGACGGGCAAAUAUCGUGCACAGAUGGCAGCGUCACAGGAGUGAGAAGCUGAGUACUGUAGAUUCACUGGACAAUAUUAUGGCACCGUGAUGUUACGUUUGAGAGGACUACGGACUUGCAUAUUAUGUUGUAAAUAUGUGUAACUAAAUGGGUCCAACUAUGCUGUGCAUUGUGAGAACACCACUGGCUGGACUGACACCCUCCAGUUCACCAUGAGCAACAGGAACCUACCAACACAUGACUUUGGUCUCGGUUUAGAAGUCACACCUUGUGUGUUACAUGAUGUGACCUGGUUGAAGAAUCCACUCAUCCGGAUGCGAUUUACAUCUAGCACAAUGUGUCAACACUGCAAUGUGAACAUUCAAAUAAAAAUGAAUUGCCUGUGUG